UGCCGGCCCCGCCAUGGCGGUGUCCCCGUACGUGCAGGCCAUGCAGGAGCUGUUCCGCGCCAACACGCGGAGCCGCGAGUUCCCCGCGCACGGCGCCAAGGUGCACUCGGUGGCCUGGAGCUGCUGCGGCCGCCGCCUCGCCUCCGGCUCCUUCGACAAGACCGCCAGCGUCUUCCUGCUCGAGAAGGACCGGCUGGUGAAGGAGAACAACUACCGGGGCCACGGAGACAGCGUGGAUCAGCUCUGUUGGCACCCCAGCAACCCUGACCUCUUUGUUACAGCGUCCGGGGACAAAACCAUCCGCAUCUGGGACGUCCGCACCACCAAGUGCAUUGCCACUGUCAACACCAAAGGUGAGAACAUCAACAUCUGCUGGAGCCCCGAUGGACAGACCAUCGCCGUGGGGAACAAGGAUGAUGUGGUCACCUUCAUUGAUGCCAAGACGCAUCGCUCCAAAGCUGAGGAACAGUUCAAGUUUGAGGUGAAUGAGAUCUCCUGGAACAACGACAACAACAUGUUCUUCCUCACCAAUGGGAAUGGCUGCAUCAACAUCCUCAGCUACCCAGAGCUGAAACCGAUCCAGUCCAUCAACGCCCAUCCUUCCAACUGCAUCUGCAUCAAGUUUGAUCCCAUGGGGAAGUAUUUUGCCACGGGCAGUGCCGAUGCCUUAGUCAGCCUUUGGGAUGUGGAUGAGCUGGUAUGUGUGAGGUGCUUCUCCAGGCUUGACUGGCCCGUGCGGACACUGAGCUUUAGCCAUGAUGGGAAGAUGCUGGCGUCAGCAUCAGAAGAUCACUUCAUUGACAUUGCCGAGGUGGAGACAGGAGAGAAGCUCUGGGAGGUGCAAUGUGAGUCCCCUACCUUCACAGUGGCCUGGCACCCAAAGAGGCCACUGCUGGCCUUCGCCUGUGAUGAUAAGGAUGGCAAAUACGACAGCAGCCGGGAGGCUGGCACCGUCAAGCUCUUCGGGCUCCCCAACGACUCCUGAUGAAGCUGCACCUGGGGAGGCAACACCUGCCUACUCUUGGGAGUGGGAGCUUAGUGUAGAUGGGGCAAGGAGUUGGCUCCCCUCCUUGGCAGCCUGGCAGGGCUGUGACCUCGGGCUUGGCUCAGUGCAUCCUGCUCUUGGGAGCAUUUGUAAAUAGGCAGCUGUGUGAUGGGGAUGAUGGGGGUGCUGGCAGGCCCCCCCCUCUGCCGCCUCCUCUCUGGAGCAUGGGGAGCUUGUUCCAAAGGCAAGUGGCCAAAGAAAAUCAGUCGCUGGAGGUGGCUGCUGAGAGGCCUUCCAUGAGAGGAGCUGCCCUCUGACCAGUCUCCACAGCAGUGAUAAGCUAUGUGACUGUCCCCUUGUCCCCAACAGCCUGGUGGUGAGGGCAGCCCUGGGAGCACAGCCUGCCCCUUUUCUUCCCAGACAUAUCAUGUCCCUUCCCUGUGCUGGGGCAGUGAGGGGAUGGUGAAGGGAUGCAAGCUGGGAGAUGUUUCCCCAGCUGGGGCUGAGUUUUUUAAUACUUGUUUUUUUCUAAUUUUGAUAAAUUCUCUU